GCGCAGCAGCAGCAGCAGGCAGAUUGGACAUCAUCUCUGGAGGUGGGAGAACGCAAGCGCGCUACCGCAGCACGCAGGAGCUGAAUGAUCACCAUGGCAACAACAGCAUCAGCAUCAGUACCAGCAGCGGCGGCAGCAGCAGCCGUGAGCCGCUCAUGCUCGUGUCAACACUGAAACCUGCUCCUGCUCUCAACACACACUCCCUCCCUCUCAACUUAAUGACAUAGGAUCAAAGCGGGUGCGCGGAUCACGCCUCCGGGUCGCGCAGCAGCGUCGUCGUCGCACAGGCAGGUGAUGGAAUAGAUGAUGUCGGAAGUACAGGGCACUGUGGAGUUCUCGCUGGAGCUGCACAAGUUUCACAAUGUGGAUCUCUUCCAGAGAGGACUUUAAUUGCUAUACAAUCAACGGUCUCAAAGUUCUGCAUGCAGCGACUUUUGUCACGCGUUUUCAAAAAUGUUCUGAAGCUUGGGUUUGGGAGUUUUCUCGUCGCAUCUGGACCAUUCUAACUACCAGCUUUUAUCAGGUGAGGGCAGGUCUGCGUGUGUCUCCUCGGAUUCCCCACAGAAUCACCGCCACAACACCUGGAUACACAGGCGAGAGCAGUUUCAGCAGCGCAGGGGUUCACGAUGGCGGCGUGUUCAGUCGGAUCUUUCAGAUCUUGUACAGGAACGAGGAGGUGACCCUGGAGGACCGCGUGAACUUCAGAGUGCACCUGCUGCUGGACGGAGAGAGGGUGGAGGAAGCUGUGAGUGAGGUGGAUGUUCAGCUCAAACUAGACCUGCACUUCACAGACAGUGAACAGCAGUUGGCGGACAUCUCGUCAGUGCCUCUGAUUAGCAGCAGGACGUUGGGUUUGCACUUCCAUCCACACCAAGGCCUGCACCAUCACCUGCCCGUCAUGUUUGACUAUUUCCACCUGUCCGUCAUCUCAGUCUCUAUCCACGCCUCCCUGGUGGCGCUGCACCAACCGCUGAUCAGUUUCGCACGUGGUGGAAAGGGGGCGUGGCUGGGUAAAGGCUCUCCGGAGAGUGAAGCUCCGCCCUCUGCGAUGUCAGUGGAGAAUCUGAUGUUUGGGGCGGGCUAUUGCAAACCUGUGCCAACAGAGGGCAGUUUUUACGUGCCGUCAGAGAACUGUCUGCAGAGAGCUUACACGUGGCACCGGCGCAUCUGUAAACUGUUGCUGGCGGCUCACAGAGCUCUGCGCUCCUAUUACACAGCGCUAAUGAAGGAGAUCCCUCAGCUGCAACACAUCGAAAUGGAGGACCUCCCCCUGGAAGAAACAUUAAACCAGCUCACCAUUGAACUGCAGUUGCAGGGUGGUCACGAGAAGGUAGCAGAACAGAUCAGUAAAGAUCUGACGCAGCUCUGUGCUCAGCUGUCUGCUCUUUGGACACAGUUUUUGGAAGCCACGGUUCCUAAUCCACAUAUCCGCUCAUACCUGGCCCAGGAGCACCACACACUCAGGGUCAGGAGAUUUUCUGAAGCAUAUUUCUUCACAGAACAUCCCAAAGAGUCCUCACUCACAUUUCAGGAGGAGCUUAUCAACAGACACGCACAGGUGGCCACAGAGAUGCGCAGCUCUGAUUACCUGCUCCGAAUGCCUCCGCUUCCUGUGGAGUGCCUGGACAUCGACGGAGACUGGAGCAGCCUGCCAAUCAUCUUUGAGGACAGAUAUGUGGACACGCCCUGUUUAGACUACAACCUUCAUGAGCAUAAUCAGACUGUCUUAGACUCUCAGCCAUGUCCUGAGCCAGCAAGGACAGAAGACCAAACCAUCGGUCCAGUUGAGAAAACACAGGACACCAUUUCACCAGCAAAAACCCCUGAGGAACCUCCCUGUGAAGAUUACAUGGAUUUGCCUACAUACAUGGCCCUGAUUGGCCGUCAGGAGGACUCCAUCACUGACCACAAAGAGCCCACAGCUCAAGCAGAGACUCUGAUUGGACACAUGGGUGAGACGGACACAAAUAGUGAAUGUAUCGCAACCUCAGAUUCAAGAACAGAUACUGUUGAAAAGGCCACAUGCCAAUAUGCAACUGAGGAAGGAUUCAAUGUUGACUGUAGGUCUGUAGACAGCGAUGAAGCAAUAGGUACAAGUAACCUGAAGAAAACAAGUUGCCAAAAAGAAGCAGUGGACUUUGUUGAAUCUGUUCGUUCAGGUCUAAAACAAACAAAUAUUACUAAUUUUAGUAGCGGACGUUCAAUGCUGCUUGUUCCGACGGAUGCUGCAGAACUUCCCGACCUCACCAGCCUUGACAGCUUUGAGUUCCUGCCCACUCAUAACCAUGACAACCAUCUUGAAACACCAGGCAAUGCUGGGAGUCUUGGCAGCGACGAGCCACAGUCGGUAUUAGAUAACAGAUACAUUGAAGCACCUGCAAAGGAUUAUGGGAGCAAAGACACAAUACCAGCUAAUCUACUAAACACCGACUCAAUCGGAACUGACACUUUAGCCACGUCUCCUUCUCGUAACGUUCUACAACAGAACCGUCGCUCGUCUGAAACUCCGCCCAAGGGAGUGUUCUUGGGCGGGGCUAAGCUAAUGAACCGCUCGUCCUCCGUGAUCUCGGACUCUGGUAUUGAGAGUGAGCCAAGCUCUGUGGCCUGGACCCUGGAGGGUCGAGGAGUUGUCGCAGGGGGUCGUGACGUCUUGCAAAACUUGGCGCGGCGUCGGCCAGGGCAUCAGAGCUCUUUGGAGGGCCUACAGACGGAAAGUCACGGCAGCCUUCCCAGCGCCACACAGGCCUCUUUGACUUCCAUAAGCUCCCUGCCAUAUGAAGAGGACGACGAGAGACAGCUUAAUACUUUGACCAAGUCUGCCUCGGCACCGCAGAUCAGCAGCCCUGAGGACACCGAGGAGGAUCGUGAAACACCCAAUCAGGAAAAGAGGAAUGUUUGUGUGACCAAUCAGCUGAGUAUAAGUGAUGAAGCAGCCAAUGAGGUGAAGCGGAACGUUCAAGGUGUUACUACGGAAGACGGAGACAAAACAACCAAUCAGGGCAAUGUUUGUGUGGCUAAUCAGCUGAGGCAGAACGAGGAAGCAGCCAAAGAGGUGAAACAGAGUCUUCAAGAGGUUACUAGAGAGAUCAGAGAGGAAACAACCAAUCAGGAGAAGAGGAAUGUUUGCGCAGCCAAUCAGUUGAGGCAGAGUGAGGAAGAAGCCAAUGAGGUGAAGCAGAUUCUUCAAGGCAUUACUAGGGGAAAAAGAAACGAGACUACCAAUCAGGAGGACGACAAGGAUGAGUUGUCCAAUCAGGAAACAGUACAUUUUAAUUUUGCUAAUCCAAAUAUGUCACCAUACCAGUUUGUGACGCAUAAUGGUGUGGAAAAAGCCACGGUAGAGGAAAUGGCUGAAAACUCUACAAAUGUAUUUCUUGAAGAGUAUCCAGGUCUUAUGAAUCACAACACAAAGGUUUGUAGUUGUGAAAAGGAGUAUUGCGAACACAAGGGGGUGCUAGAAGCAAACACGUAUCAAAAAGACCUAGGAGACAUCAGCGUCUGUCACAUUCAUUUGAAUGAACUGGAGGAAGUGACUAUGGAGAACCUCCCAGAUUCCCCAGCCAGUGACAAAAGUCACGAAAUAGUGGAAAAUGAGAAAGAACGGUCCGUUGAUCUCAUCAAGCUACCAGCCAAUGAGAAAGAGCAGCAGGCAUUAGACGGGCAGAGCAGAGCCAGUAAAGUGCCAAGUACAGGUCUGGCGUUUGUGAAUAAAAAGGUGGUGGAGGUGGUCAACCUGUCGGUGUCUUGUGCUCCUACGUGUCUGCCUUUCUCCUCUGUAUUACGUGAUUCGCCAUCGGUUAGCGGAAUCUCUACGCGCCAGGCCACUUCCCCCAUUACCCAUCAACCCCUGGGUUCCUUUGGAAUAAUCUCUUCAAACUCUUUCUUCGGCGCUGAUCAGGAAAUCAACGAGAGAAUGGUUAACUUCUAUAAGGCAAAGGAAGCCCUGUUGAGAGAGCUGGUGUUCAGAGGCACUCUCUACAGUGACCUGCCUUACCUCGCCUCCGAUCACCCAUACUUCCCUCCUGAGGAAGACGACACUGAGUUUGAGGAUGGGAUACACCUCGUGGUGUGUGUCCAUGGACUAGAUGGUAACAGUGCAGAUCUGCGGUUGGUUAAGACAUUUAUAGAGCUGGGGCUUCCUGGAUCUAGACUGGACUUCCUCAUGUCAGAACGCAACCAGACGGACACGUUUGCAGAUUUUGACACCAUGACUGACAGGCUUCUGGAUGAGAUCAUUCAGCACAUCCAGCUGUAUAACCUCACCAUCCACCGGAUCAGUUUUAUAGGACACUCUUUGGGGAAUGUGAUCAUCCGCUCUGUGCUGACCCGGCCCAGAUUUCGCUGUUACCUCUGUAAACUCCACACCUUCCUGUCCCUGUCUGGACCCCACCUGGGAACACUGUAUAAUAACAGCACGCUUGUCAGCACAGGUCUGUGGCUAAUGCAAAAACUGAAGAAGUCCGGUUCCCUGCUGCAGCUUACGUUCAGAGACCACACCGACCCGAGACAGACAUUUCUCUACACGCUCAGCAAGAAACCAGGUCUUCAGUUCUUCAGGAACGUGGUGUUGGUGGCCUCUCCGCAGGACAGAUACGUGCCCUUCCACUCGGCCCGCAUUGAGAUGUGUCGGACGGCCCUUAAAGACAGAACCACAGGUCCAGUAUAUACGGAGAUGAUCAAUAACUUGCUCCAGCCGUUGCUGAGCGCUCCAAACUGUCGUUUGAUCAGACAGAACGUGUUCCACGCGUUACCCAACACGGCAAACACGCUGAUCGGACGUGCGGCUCACAUCGCGGUGCUCGACUCUGAACUCUUCCUGGAGAAGUUUCUUCUGGUGGCCGGGCUCAACUACUUCAAAUAGACAUCAUGCCUUGAGCUGGGUGGGAGAGCCAAUCAGAUUACACGUACCGCCAGCCGGUCGCAUUUCAUUUCAGAGUCACGAUAAGCUCUGGAAUUUUUUUUUUCCCCAAUGAUGGCAUGAAAAAAAAAAAAAAAAAAAAAUGGAAGAUUCGAGCGAUGAAUCUGAACACGUGUAAAAUCUGUACAGAAAGAACACUGUAUACUAAGCAAAUAGAGGAAACUAACAGCUGGAGGCCUACACAAGCCUUAAUGAAGCUUUAUGGCGUAGUAACAUAACGUUGAAUAAUCCUAGCUGGAAAAUUAAUCUUCUGAAUGUAAAUUCGGUGUGUAGCUGGUGUUGUAAAAACAGCCUUGGUUCUUCAUUCCCUCCAGUCACCGAACGUAUAUCUGCUGCGCCGUUCGUAACUUGAAGAGGUCGAUACCACUGGACUUUAUACUUGAAGAGUAAAUUGGGUCACUGGCGUUCGAGUUGGGCGUUGCGAGAACGCCUCAGCGUUUUCACGUUUCUUUUCACAGUUUGUGCGUUUCGACCGUGUUCUGUUGUGAAGUGAGAGUCUCACUGUGAAAUAAGCCAAAUCCAUUGUGUUUUCUGUACUGUGAUGGAAUGCAUUCUGUCCGUUUCCCCCCGUGGACGUGUUCAUUAGGUGCGCAGAGAACAUGAUCUGAAUGUGUUUACCAUUCCAGCCUUAACUAGCACAAAGCGAGUGAUCUCCGAUUCUAGCGGGGUUUUUUUUUUUUUUUUCAAUGGUUAGUUCACAAAUGUGAACAAUCUGUAGUCAUUUACUCACCCUUCGUGUCAUUCCAAACCCGUGUUCUUCUUUCUUCCAUGAAACACAAAGUAGCGUAGAGUCCAAAAAUGACAACACAGUCCUACAGAAACAUAAGCCGAGGUUAAACCGAUGCUUUCACGCGAGACAUUUUCAAAAUGAAUUUGCUGCUGUUCAACAGUUUAUAUGACUGUCAUUCAGGAUAAGGACUACAUAUUCAGGAUUGGAUGGGCUAUAAUAAAUGGGACACCAUUGCUAGAAAGCGUAUUUCCUUUUGUAAAAUACUCAUUCACACACGUUCAUACUCUACUUACCAUGUUCGCAGGGCAGCACGCCACGAUACUUGAAUGGCAACUGGUCUUCUUUCUCGCAUACUGAAAUGCGGUAGUUAAUUUUAUUCCUCUUUUACACUAAACCGAAUAUUUAUAGCCACCUCUACACCGCAAAAGAUUAUUGAUUUUGUGCACAAAAAACAAAAAAUGUUUGUAAGAGAAGUCUUUGCGAAAGUUUUGAAACGGGUCGCAUGCAGAACGAAGUCAAAAACUAUGUAUGUUUUUGAAAAAACACUUUUACGUUCACCAGGGCUGCAUUUAUACGGUCAAAAAAUACAAUAGAAUAAUGAUAUAUACCAAUUUAAAAAAAAUAAUCCGUUUCUAUUUUAUCAUAUUGUAAAAAGCAGUUUAUUCGUGCGAUGCAAAGCUGGAUUUUCAGCAUCAGGAAGAUUGAAGUAAUAAAUUAAUCUUUUUAAACAGUAGCAUGUAUAAAACUUUAUCACCUUGCUUUUAAGCACUGAAUUUCUAUUAUUUUUACAUUUGCCUUUUUAACAUUUUAUCAUGUAUUGUUUCAGUUAGGACGUAAGCCCCCAAAAAUAAAAAUAAAAAAAAAUCGAGGGAAAUAUCCCAUGGCGGUUACAGCCCUGUUGUGUUUGAUUUAUGUCAUUUGUUAUCAGUUCCUUGUCGUAUUGUGUAUUGUUUGGUUGCCCUAAGAAGCAAACCGUUUAAAUUCACGUGGUUGUGUUAGCUUUUGGUUCUUUCUAGUCCGCUUUAACGCUGUACUCCUCUUGAGCAGCUUAUCUUAUUUAUUGUAUCGUUUCACACUGGAGCGACCUCGGUUUGACCUCUCCGUGGCCCUAUACAUCCCCAUAAAGUCUGCUCCUCAAGGGUAACACUUUCAAACAUCUCACUGCAGCCACACCUCAAGUUUUCACCUCGCUCAGCAUCUUUAGCUCUCGUUUCGGCGAGUUCUGGGUCUGAUUCAGCAGCGCGUGAUUGUGUUUAGAUCAGCGCCGCCGUGUCAGCAGAGUUAGAAGAUGCCCUUUCUGUCCCCGCCGAGCUUUUAUGUACGUCCUGACUGACACUUGAUUAGUCGGUAAACACGCCGUCACCGUGAUCGACGCUAAUUUAACUCCGCCUCUCAGCACACAUCUCCGUCUCACGUGACUCUGCCGCUCCCGAUACCUCUGAAGGAGCCAUCGGGCGUAACGCUCCAUUACCCAUCAUGCUCUGCCGCUCUGAGCUUGUUUGUUUGUUUGCUAGCUAAUUUGGGCUGAUGGCAGAGUUUGCUCACACAAGUCAAGCAUAUUAAUUACGGAAACGGAGCUGAUCUGCGGUGCAAAUACUGACCAAGGGCAAAAGCAAGCGAAAAAUACGGUUACUCGGAUGCUGGGAAAAAAAAAAAAAAAGUGCAUUUGUCUCACAGCGGUAUUUACAGAAUCUAUACAUUCUUUCCAUCCCCUUAAAGCACUUAAACGCUUCAUUGACCUCAUAAUCCGAUUACUUUUCUGGCUGUAUCGCGUUCAGUCAAGAAUUAUUGCUGAGAAAGUACAGAAAAAUGUUGACGAAUUUCUAAACGGAACAGAAGUUGGGAUGAAAUCCUGCCUUUUUCUCUUUGAGCAUCCUGUUGGACGUAAAAUGGGUUACGAAGGAGGAUUUUUAAACAUCUUUCCAUUUGCAGUGUCUUUAAUUUAAUACUCGUGGUAACAGACAACACAAAUAACUUUCACUCAAAUCAAAUAUUUAGGAGCGUGUGUGUGUGUGUGUGUGUGUGUGUGUUUGUACAAAGAGGCAGUCUGUCUCUGUAAUGUUGGAUAAGAGGUUUUCCAGCAUACUUUUGUGUUUUCAUCCAGAUCUGUGUAUUAAGCCAUGAAUGUGUAAACAGAUGAAAAUGUAUUCACUGUGAGACUGUAACGUUUUCAAGUUUUUAUUUUCCCCCAAUGUGUAUUCUUCACAUCUGUGCCAAUGAUAUUCUCAUGUUUUUUUUUUUUUUCUAUGUUUGCUUUAAUUACUGUACGUGUCCCUUGUAGUAGCUUAUGCCCAAAUAUAUAAAUAAGUAUAUAUUCCGUGUACAUUAAGAAAUAUUACAUUAUAUUAUGAUCAAAUGAAGUAUUACAAUAAAUAGUAUUCCUCUUUU